AUGUGCAAUGUGUAUGGAAGGUUCGUGCCGAACUUUGCACGAACUAUGGAACCCCUGAACGCCCUUUUGGCAAAGGGGAAGCUUUUCCAAUUAGAGAAAUUCUCUGCAGAUCAAUCCAUGGCUUUUGGGUUAUUGGAGACUGCGCUUGUAGGGCCUCCUAUUCUUAAGUUACGGCGCUCGAACCUGCCUUCCUCAGUUGACACCGAUGCUUGUGAGCGACAAGUGGGCCGUGCUUUGUUCCAGACCCCUCCAGACGGUCUUCGUCACCCGGUAGGACUUUGGAGCCGCUCCCUGAAUCCAGCUGAGAAGAAUUACAGCGUCGGGGAAAAAGAAUGCCUCGCCAUAAUUUGGGCAUUGCAGAUCUUGAGACCAUACCUCGAGCGGAAGCACUUAGAGCUCUACCCCGACCAUCAAUCCUUAAAGUGGAUGAUGAGUCUAACAGACGCCAGUGGCAGGCUUGCUCGAUGGCGUCUCCGCCUACUGGAGUUCGAUUUCACAAUCAAGAACCGCAAAGGGGCAGUGAACUGCAUUGCAGACGCUGUGUCAAGGCUGCCGACAUUGGCGAAUCAAGUUGACGAAGAUGUCGAGAUCGAGUUCAGGCGCGAUGCAAUCACGUCAAAUUUCAAUGACGACGGGAUUUGCGUCGUGAACGCUGAGAACACAUAUCUAUCUCCGGUCCGAAUCGAAGAGCUGGUGAUCUCUCAAGCUAACGACAGAUACUGUCAAAUGUUGAAAGAGAAAGUCGACAAUGAAGAGACAAGUCGCUUCGACGUCUUCGACCGCGGCCUCCUGGUUCGCAUUGCCCCUCUCGACGACUGCAGACAAAUUGUCGUACCGACGAUGUUAAGGCAAAAGGGGUUUUACCUAUGCCACUAUACAAGAACAUCAGGUCAUCCUGGGGAUACAAAGAUGUUGUAUACAAUGCGACGCACGUUCUACUGGCCUUCCAUGGCAUUGGAAUGUCACGCUUGUAUGAGACAAUGUGACUCAUGCGCCCGCGAGAGAGUACAAUUGCGCAAGCACUCUACAUUUUUGAAACUCUUUCCCGCGAGAAGACCGCUGGAGUUCGUCGCCAUGGGCAUUUUGGGACCUCUACCCCGAUCGACGAAAAGGAACCAAUACCUUUUGGUCAUAUCCGAUCAGUUCCCGAAGAUGACAAGAGCGAUACCGCUGAAAAGCAUCACAUCAAUGACGGUGGCAAGAGCCUUCGUCGAGAAUUGGAUUUAUCCGUAUGGACCACCUGCCUAUCUUCUAUCCGAUAACGGUGGUCAGUUCGCGUCGAAGUUCUUCCAAAAGAUUUGUCAAAUCAUGGGGAUUCGCAACCUGUUUACAACAGCGUAUCAUCCUCAGACCAAUGGUCAAGUGGAACGGUUCAACCAAACAAUAUUAUCCGGCAUACGCCAUUAUGUCGUGGAACAUCAGAAGACAAGGGAUGAGUACUGUGGACCUCUAACAUACGCGUAUAACACGCAAGUACAUCGCAGCACGGGAUGCACCCCAUUUGAACUGGUAUUUUCACGGCCUCCUGGGCCCAUGGCCUUGGAAUACACUCCCGAGAAUGGCACAAUGCCGGAAACUCGACACGAGCGUAUGAGGCUGAUGGAGCAUCUCACAAGGCUCAUACAAGGAGCUACCAAAACACUACAAGCUGCUCAGGCGCGAUACAAGGAAAAUUACGACAAGCAUGUCAGAAAAAUAGCAAGCCCUGCGGAUGUUGUGGAUAAAGUAUUUGUGAGGCGAGAGGUACCUUUAAGUACGUAA